AUGUCAGUAAAGUCUCACUUCAGUUAUGCAGCUGCUUCCCAGUUCAAUCGCAUAGGAUCAAAUUUGGAAAAUGAAUACAUUCAAAAUAUUGGAGCAAUACCAGAAAUUUUUGGUGGAAAUAGUCCAUUCUUGGGGAAAUCUCUGCUUCGUAGGUCACCAACAGUCCUCCUAAGACUGUUGUUUGACACUGAGUUUCAAUUACAACGUACACUUAGAUGGUUGGAUGUGACUUCAUUUCACUUUUUUAUGCGCAUAUUCAAUAAAAUCCCCAGUCUUAGCCGGAGUUUAUGUUUAAGAAUGUCUACGAAGAAGUCAGACGAAGACUGGAAAAGUGUACUAAGUCCUGAGCAGUAUCGAGUAGCUCGACUUAAAGGCACUGAAGCACCUUUCUCUGGUGAAUACUACCACAAUAAAGAAACUGGUGAAUAUCUUUGUGUGUGCUGUGGUUCAAAACUGUUUGAGUCAUCUGCAAAGUUUGACAGUGGUUGUGGCUGGCCAUCUUUUUAUCAAGCUUAUGGAUCCAAUGGACGGGAUGAUUCACAAACAAAUAUUAAUCGCACAGAAGAUAAUUCACUUGAUACAAAGCGAAUAGAAGUAACUUGUAAACAAUGUUAGCGUACACUGUACUCUGACCUGUUCAACUGCUGCUGCAUCCACCGAGCUUAAUGCUACCUCUGCGCUGGGUAUGAAAUUUUCAGGUUUUAGAUGAUCUGUUGUCACCUUGAAGUUUAGUCAUUCUUCGAGUAAUUUUGUCUCAGCUGAGCCUAGGGUUCUCAAGGAGAGAUUGACUACCCACUUUGUUUUAUCGAUGUUUGAUUAUGUGUCCUUUGUAAUUUGAUUAUUUUCCGAGGGAUAUUUUUCUUGCACUAAGUUUGUUGGAAUUAAAUUCUACCACAGUGCCCAAGUUUUACACCUAUGUUGACCUUUUGAUAUACGAUUUAACUAUCUCUUGAAAGCAAAACUAUAAACUUGAUAUCUUGCUUAACUAUAGAAUUCAGUUUGUCAGUAUGGGUUGUCCUAUAAAUUUUACAGUAGCUUGAUAUAUUAUCUUCCUUGUCAAAUAUGGUCUAUAUAUGAAUCGCAUAGUUUAAAUUUCGAGUAAUUUUC